AUGACUGCUGCAGAGACAGACACCAUUCGCGUACAUUGGCGAUGCUUCGUCGCCUGUGGAAUCAUCGUCCUGUCGCCUUUCCAGUAUGGCCUCGAUUUUGGUCUUAUCGGCGGACUCCAAGCCAUGCCUGGCUUUCUCCAGGUCUACGGCUACGAAGACCCGGAGACCGCAAUCGGAUGGAACAUCUCGACCACUAGACAACAGCUCAUCUCUUCGCUGAUGACCCUUGGUGCUUUCAUAAGCUCCAGUCUUGCUGGGUUCGUGGCGGCGAAACUUGGCCGGAAGAUGUGUCUUUGGCUUGCCUGCAUACUUUGUGCUGUUUCGAAUGUCAUUAUGAUGGCUACGACUGACAUUGGCCCGCUAUAUCUUGGUAGACUACUCAUCGGUUUGGCAAAUGGGUACUUCAUGACCUUUUCGCAGCUCUACAUUCAAGAGACUAGCCCUGCCAAGUACAGAGGAUUAUUCUUGACUGCAUUUCACUUAUGCACAACCUUUGGCACUCUUGUAGGUACGAUCAUCGACUGGACAACUGCCAAGCGCCCAGAUCGAUCGGCAUAUCUUAUUCCGCUUGGAAUGAUUUACAUUGUACCUAUCGUCAUAUCCAUUUCUUUUUGGUUCAUCCCCGAGUCUCCACGAUGGCUCAUUCUUCAAGGACGUUACGAUGAUGGCCUCAAGUCACUAGGUUGGUUGAGGCCAAAAGGAGCAGAUGUGGAAGCGGAGUUGGCUGAGAUCCGACAAGCCAUUGAAGCAGAGAAAACUAUGACCAGUGGCGUCGGAGUACUGGACAUGUUUAAAAGCCCGGUCGACAGAAGACGCACCAUGAUAUCAGUUUGCGCAGUUCUUCUGCAAGCUGCCUCGGGUUCCAUGUUUAUUAUUGCCUUCAAGGCCUACUUCUUCGCCAUGGCAAAGGUAGAAGACCCUUUUGCCAUGAGCAACGUCCUAAGCACGGCAGGCUUGACUGCGACCAUCAUCAACGCAUUUAUAGUUGUUCGGUAUGGACGACGCCGCGUCCUCUUACUUAGCGGUCUUACUAUCGCUGGCUUCUUCCAGCUCAUCUUUGCGGUUGUUUACGACAGAAACCCAGGCCAGAUUGUUACUGGCAAGAUACUUGUUGCACUUUCGUGCUUGUAUAUGGCGGCAUAUAAUGGUAUGAUUGCUCCUUACUCAUGGCUCGUUGCUGGAGAAAUUCCGUCACAGCGCCUUCGAAGCUACACCUUCGGCCUUGCGGCAGCCGCCGGGUUUCUUGGAGCUUGGCUUAUCACUUUCACGGCACCAUAUUUCAUUAACCCGAGCGCACUAAACUGGGGUCCCAGAUAUGGAUACAUCUGGUUUCCUUCAUGCAUGGUUUGUGUUGUUUGGGUGUACUUCUUCCUACCAGAACUAAAGGGCCGUACUCUUGAGGAGAUAGAUGCCAUGUUCAACGAAAGACUUCCAGCAAGAAAAUUCCGAACCUAUCAUGUACCACGGAAUGUUGCUGGGGAAAAUGUGGGAAAGUCAAGCAUUGAGUUGAAAGUAGUUGAGUCAGAGAGGGUCUAG